AAAACGAAAAAAAAAAGAAAAAAAAUCGUAUGCUUAUAAAUUGAGUCGGAAAGCUUGUUUUGUUAUUUUGUGUACGUCCCUAUAGUUAGAAUAAGGAUCGAAAAUGUCCAACAUCAGAACACCAGUAGACAACCAACUCCUUGAGUUCUCUACAAAAAAUAAGAAACCCGAAAUUGAAUCUGCAACAACAACCACUGGUCAGCCUUUGACGUACAAAGAUGCUAGUCUAACAGUAGGACCGAAAGGGCCAAUCCUUUUUCAGGACUAUUAUCUGUACGAUGAAUUGGGUCAUUUUAGCAGAGAGAGGGUUCCUGAAAGGGUCGUACAUGCUAAAGGAGCUGGUGCUUUCGGAUACUUCGAAGUCACCCAUGAUAUCACCAAAUAUACUGCAGCCAAAGUUUUUUCUCACAUUGGAAAGAAGACUCCUAUUGCUGUUAGGUUCUCGCAGGUUGCUGGAGAAAUGGGUUAUCCAGAUACAGUAAGAGAUGUAAGAGGUUUCGCAAUCAAGUUUUACACGGAAGACGGUAUAUGGGAUCUUGUUGGCAACAACACACCAAUUUUCUUCAUAAGAGACCCCAUCUUAUUCCCAAGCUUCAUCCACAUCUUGAAAAGAAACCCCACAACUCAUAUUAGACCUGACUAUGACAUGUUUUGGGACUUCAUAUCUCUAAGACCAGAAUCAACCCAUCAAACCAUGGUAUUGUUCUCAGACAGGGGUAUUCCUGAUGGUUAUAGAUAUAUGCACGGCUAUGGAUCGAACACGUUUGCUUUCGUCAAUGCUGAGGGAAAAUUUUAUUACUGCAAAUUUCAUUAUUUAAGUGAUCAAGGCAUACGAAAUUUGCUGUCAGAUGAAGCGACAAAGAUUGCUGGAGAAGAUCCAGAAUACUCAAUAAGAGAUCUUUACAACAGUAUCGCUAAUGGAAAUUAUCCCUCUUGGACUUUUUACGUACAAAUAAUGACUCCAGAACAAGCUGCAACCUAUGCGUAUGAUCCCUUCGAUGUCACCAAAGUUUGGCUGCAUGCCGAUUUUCCUCUUAUACAAGUUGGGAGAUUUGUUCUGAAUAAGAAUCAAGUUAACUAUUUCGCAGAAGUCGAACAGAUAGCUUUCGAUGUGGCUCAUCUUAUACCAGGCAUAGAACCCAGCCCAGAUAGAAUGCUACAAGGCAGGCUUUUCAAUUAUGGUGACACCCACAGAUACCGCUUAGGUGUAAACAGCAACCAACUUCCAGUCAACAGUCCUUUCCGAAUGAAAAAUUUCAGCAGAGACGGUACAAUGACUUUCGAGAGUCAAGGAGGCGCUCCAAACUACCACCCAAACAGCUUUGGAGGCCCGGAAUCAGAUUUAAGAGCAAAAGCAUUGGCUCCCAUCCUACCAAUAGCUGGUGAUGCAGCAAGGUACGAUAAUGGUCUGAACGACAACUUCAGCCAGGCCAGAUUGCUUUAUGAGCGUGUUUUGACCCCUUUGGAAAGGAGAAGAUUGGUUGAUAAUAUCGUGGAUUGGUUACGUAGGGCCAAUGCGGUGAUACAAGAAAGAGCGAUCAGAAACUUCGCUCAAGUUAAUGAAGAUUUUGGUAGACUUAUUAGGGAAGGAAUUCUGGCGAAAAGUCAUGUCUCUGCUCAUGUUUAAUUGAUUUGAUAGGAUUGAAAUUUGUCAAUUUUGGUAUUUUCUAAUAAAGUUUUAUAUUUGCAUUACA